AUGCUCAGGAUGCCUCCCCCCACGUCCCUCGAGGACGCCCCCAUGUUCUCCGCUGAUGAUACUUCAAAACCUCUGUGGACUCGCGCGUGCGAUCGGCUCAAGUUGGUCUUUAGCGGCGCGGACCCUCGCGUCUGCGUCGCCUUUUGGCUGUUUGGUGCGUAUCGCUUGAAUGUCCGGCGCGGACCAGCAAAGCAUACCCAAGAGAGUCAGCUAAUCUAUCUCCUAGGUCUGAUUAACAACGUCCUCUACGUGAUCAUCCUCUCCGCAGCGCUCGACCUUGUCGGCCCCAAUGUGCCGAAAGGCGUCGUUCUCCUGGCGGAUAUCAUCCCAUCCUUCGGAACCAAGCUGAUUGCGCCGUACUUCAUCCAUGCGGUGCCCUACUCGGUGCGAGUUAUAAUCUUUGUAUUCCUGUCGGUCGUUGGUAUGCUGGUUAUCGCGAUGAGCCCGAGCUAUACUGAUGGUGGGACAAUCUCAUCCAAGCUUGCUGGCAUCGUUUUGGCGAGCCUUUCCGCGGGCGGCGGCGAGCUCAGCUUUGUCGGUCUGACUCAUUACUACGGCCCAUUCAGUUUGGCAGCCUGGGGAAGUGGAACGGGUGCUGCUGGUUUGGUUGGGGCCGGCGCCUAUGCCCUUGCAACCUCUACCAUGAAUAUCUCCGUUCGAGCGACUCUUCUUGCGUCUGCUAUCUUACCAGCUGUCAUGGCUGUAAGCUUCUUCCUAGUCCUGCCUCGAGCUGCACUGCAGCCUCAAGGACUCUCUGCAGAUGGCUAUCUUGCGACCGACCGCGAGGAGCCAAACGAGGAUGAAGUAGACGAUAACGGCCUUGAAAUCGAGCGGGGCGAAGCCGAAGGACUCUUGGGGGCAUCUGUGGUCUCGGCAGACACUUAUAAGUCUGUCCAUGUCAACGACUCAUCCUCCCCGUUGGCUCAUUUGCGCGCUAACCUGCGGCGGCUCCGAGGCCUCUUCUUUCCCUUCAUGCUGCCAUUACUUCUCGUCUACAUCGCCGAGUAUGUAAUCAACCAGGGGGUCAGCCCAACGCUUCUAUUCCCGUUGUAUACAACGCCCUUCGAGAACUUCCGUGCAUUCUACCCAGCCUACAACGCCAUCUACCAAGCCGGGGUCUUCAUCUCACGCUCAUCAACCCCAUUCUUCCGGGUGCACCAUCUCUAUAUACCGUCCUUGCUGCAAGUAUUGAACCUGGUGUUAUUAACACUGCACUCCAUGUUCAACUUCAUCCCCAACGUCUAUCUUGUCUUUAUUAUCAUCUUCUGGGAAGGCCUGCUGGGUGGAUUGGUGUAUGUCAAUACGUUCGCCGAGAUAGCCGACCAAGUGCCGAAAGAGGACCGCGAAUUCUCACUGGGAGCCACCACAGUCAGUGAUUCGGCAGGUAUCUGCAUUGCCGGCUUUUUGAGCAUGCCGUGGGAGGUCUUGCUAUGCCGCUGGCAAAUGGCACAUGGAAGGGAAUAUUGCCGGCAGGUAGCCGACAAACAUGGCCCUCCGCUUAUUCGGUCCAUAUCGUCGAGAUUUACGGGGAAAUUAACCAGCUGGCAGACGACCGUGAUAAUCUUCCUGUGGCUCUAUCUAAGCCGCAACUUCGCCAAGAUCGUCGGGCUUGAAUGCCCCGAGCCUUUGGCGAACCUCUAUUCUCGCUCCUUCUUCCGUGCAACAUGGAUCACCACUGGGUUGGAUGCAGGAUUUUGGACUGCAAUGAAAAUUAAGCCCAAAUGGCUGCGCGAUUUGGCAUCGUUGGUCUUCACAGUCUACUACCUCAUUGCCGCAGAACAGGCUGAUGAGAAGGCGCGACGAGUCCGCGGCACUCUUACAUUAGAGCACCUUCGUGUAUCCUGGAAUAAGGCCACGACCCCUUACUUAUGGUUCCUGGCGAGUUUGGUGCGCCCUCGAUUGACACGAUAUGGUCCCCGAGCCCUCCGCAUCCCCCGACCCAAGAACUCUCUUCACACCGAACCGGUCAAUGCAUGGCUGUAUUUUGAUGGGCCGCUAAGUGCGUUAAAAGACCAGACUACGAUGGUCCUGGAUGCUCCUGGAGGUGGAUUUGUUGCCAUGACACCCCGAAACUCGGAGGAUAAAUUGCUUUCCUGGGCGGGACAGUUGAAAGUUCCAGUUUUGAGCAUCGAUUACCGGAAAGCUCCAGAGUAUGCAUACCCAUAUGCGCUUCACGAGUGCUAUGAUGUCUACCAUACCAUCAUGGCCACAAAUGGCCGCUGCCUGGGGCUGAGCGGGUUGGCACAGCCUCGAGUUGUGGUCACUGGAGAAAGCGCUGGUGGUAACCUUGCAGUUGGCAUGACACUUAUGGUUCUACAAUCAGCAAUGGCGCAAGGCUGGCAAGGUGACAAUAUCCUUCCCCGACCAGCCGGCGUGGUGCUAGGGUAUCCAGCACUGAAUAUGAGGGUCGAAAGCUGGAUGACGGACGAACAAAUGUCCUUGAUUCAAGACAAGAGCUCUGGACAGACAAACAACAGUGUGCUGCAAAGAAAACAAGACCAGUAUCGCAAACUCACGCCCUUUACCUCCCCUGGUCACUCGGUUCAGGAUUUGACGGCAAUUUCCUCGGACAAGAAGCUGCAAAAGGAGAAACCGGAAGAGACCGACAUAGCUGCUGAAACGUCCAAAGCACUACGUGAUAAACUGAAUCAGAGUGAAAUCGUCAACGAAAGCGCAGUUUCUACGGCCGAGGACCCGGUUUACCCCCUCAAGACCCGACUGGCUGUCUCAUCCAUGAUCUCCUAUGUCCAUGAUCGAAUUCUCACCCCGGAAAUGAUGCGUGCUAUGAUUAUCCUCUACAUCGGACCGCACCAUCGUCCAGACUUCAAUACCGACUUCUACCUGUCGCCCGUACUUGCACCAGAUGCUUUACUGGCUCGAUUUCCAAAAACAUACAUUUUGACGGGCGAACGGGAUCCACUAGUCGACGAUACUGUUAUUUUUGCAGGCAGGCUCCGCCAAGCAAAGCUUCACCAUUUCUGUGAGCGCCAAGAACUAGGACUCGAGAAAUCACAGCAUCGGUUCAACGAGAAAGAUCAUGUGGAAGUGUCCCUCAUACCAGGAGUCUCACAUGGCUUCAUGCAAAUGGCUGGUUUCUUUCCAGACGCAUGGAAGUAUAUCAACCGCAGUGGCCAGUGGAUUGAGAGCCUUUUUGAAAAUGUCGACCUUCAAGGGCCUGACUACAGCUUCCUUCAACUCUCUCAUGCCUCCGGUCUGAAAUUUUCUCAAAAUUUGAGCACGCUUUCUGGGAGCAAUGGGAAGAUCAAGAAUGAUAAUCCACACCAUCACCGCAGUUUCACGGGCGAAUCUUCCUGUGAUGAGGAUAGACCUCUUGAGAUGCACAUGAGCAAAAUGACACCACAUACCAAUGACGAGCAAUCUCUUUCUACAUCGGAUCGUCCGGCACGGCGCAAGAGGUCCAGAUCAUCACUUGCCUCAACACAUCGUACUGGAUUAACUGCCACUGCCAAUACAACGGGAGAUGCGAGCGAGUUCCGCGCAAGACUCAAGCAUUUGGAAAUGAGUAGCGAUCUUCGCGACUCUUACUUCCCAGAUGAAGUCAACAGUGCCCCUGAAAGUCGUAUGGCUAUGCGGCCGCGUGGACGAAGCAUCGCCUCCCUUGAUAGUGAGGAGGAUAUCCUAGAUCGUCGGAUGAACGGGAUAGCUGGGGGGCUAAUGGGGCUGGGUGAGAGAGCCCAAACGCCCGGGGCGUGA